AAACUAAUUUGAAAUUUGCAAGACGUACAUUAUAUUAUUAAUAAUUUAUUAUCAGAGAAUAGAUCUAUUUUUAUUAGUCGAUAAGUAAAUGGAUUAUUUAUAGAUACUGAGUCUAGGCUUAAAAAAUAUGAAACGCCGAUAAUGUGGAAAACUGUCUGAAUCGCGGUUUCGUAUACAAAGGGGCUAUUGUCACAUAGGCGGUGGAUUAGAUCAUUUAGGCAACUGUCAGUUUCUAAGAUUCAGUACAUAAAGAUAGUUCUCUUAAUUUUUAAAUGUGAAUUAAUAAAGCAAUUUAUAUUUAGAUAUUAAGAACAUUUGUGAUAAAAUAAGUCAGGGUUCAAUAAAUUUUACAUUUAUUAACAAUAUUACCACUAACGGAAAAUUUAAAAGUUUAAACAUUAUGUGUUUUGUAUAAGUAUUGACAGAUACUUGAAAUAUGUGUAAUAGAAUGGCUCACUGUUCUCAAACAUAUGGGUCCACGGAUCAACGGACAGAUGUACCUGAUGUAGGAUUUAGUCCUACUGAACUUUAUAGUCUCAGUGAAAAUAUUACUACUAACAUAUAUACAAUAAAUACAAGUUGGAAGACGCUAGAACGUGCAUAUAAAAAUGUUGGAACCAAUAAAGAUAAUCAGGGUCUAAGAGAUAAGGUGCAUGUCACACAAUUAAGCACAAAUCAAGUAGUAACCCAAACCAGCAAAGACAUUGCAAGACUGACAGUGCUAAUGAGGCGAGGUGAUAAACAACAGAAGUUGCAAAUUGAGAAACUUACCACUGAUUUCAAAGAUGCAUUGCAGAGAUACUCAGAUAUGCAGAAGUCAAUUGCUGAAAAAAUGAAGAGACAUAUUUUGCUUACAACUAGUAUAGAAAAUCCUAUGGAUCCCGAGGAAGAAGAACAACAACGUUUACUUCAAGUUCAGGAAGAUGAACACAAAGUGACACAAAGGAAUCUUGAGUUCCAACAGGACAUACUGUUAGAGAGAGAAGACAGGAUAAAACGAAUUGAAGGUGAUAUUUUGGAUGUAAACCAAAUAAUACGCGAACUGGUAGCAUUGGUGCAUCAGCAAGGAGAUUCAAUCAAUACGAUAGAGAAUCAAAUAGAAGAUGUCCACGCGAAUGUUGAACUGGGAGCACAAGAAUUAGUUAAGGGAAGUAAUUACUUAAGUAAAUAUCGACGGAAAGUUUUUGUCCUACUGUUACUCGCGAUCAUAGUUGUCGUUAUAUUAAUUAUUAUUCUAGUCACUAAAUUAAGUUAGCGCUCCUAAUCAUCGUAGAUACUGCGAACAAAUGAAAAAGGUUGUCUCAAUCUAUCUUACUGAUCGUAGUACUAAUAUCGUGGAAAAAUAUAAAUUGCCAGUUUAUAUAUUGGAUAUGUAAUAUGGGGAGAGGAUAGACUUAUUUUAUAUUCAUUUGUAAAUUAAUUAAUAUAAUUCAAACGUAUUAUCCUUGUUUACUUUCCAACAUAUAAAACAUAUAAUGUUCUUACCGCGUAACUUGUUUUUUAUUUUCCAUUUUAAGGCAAUUUGAAUUUAAUAACUCAAAUUGAAGCAAAGCAUAACAAAGAUAUUAAAUAUCCGCAUCAUUUUUUAUAAAAGGCUUUUAAUGGUAGCAGAAACAAAUUAUUGAACAUUGCAAAGUAACUGUAAUUUUUGUUGUAUCUGCAAGCUAUUGUCUAACAAAAACUUUUAUAAACCAUUUUGUUAUUAAUUGUAUUAUAUAUUAUUUUCUCAAUAAAUUAUACAGCAUUAUAAAUACAA